GCAACCUAUUUUCUUUUAUUCCCGAUAAAACCACCCCAAGCCCAUCUCUUCUUCAUAACCCUCUCCAAAUCCAUGACGAGUUCGAUCGCCUUCCCUCGCAAGAAACCCUAAUCCUGUCUCUGUUCCGUCUGGUUCGAGUGUAGAUUUCUCUCUCGCUGGAUUGUUGCUCGGUUGGAGAAAAGGGUAGCAUAUCAAAAUUUCCAUCUCUCUCCCUGAAACGACAUUGCUGUUGGUGGUUUUUUGAAGCUUGAUUGGAGAGUUAUUCUUUUCUGUGGGUCUCCCGGUUCAUAUCAAAGCGAAGCUGCAAGGCAAAUAUUUUAUAUGGCGAAAGAUCAAACAUUUUCUGUAAAAGAAGCCGUCCACAAGCUGCAACUUUUCCUCCUCGAUGGCAUCCACCAUGAGAACCAACUCUUUGCUGCUGGGUCUCUGAUGUCUCCAAGCGACUAUAAGGACGUAGUGACUGAGAGGUCUAUCUCCAAACUCUGCGGCUACCCCCUCUGCAACAACCAUCUACCGUCGGAGCGGCCUGGGAAGGGUCGGUACCGUAUUUCUCUCAAGGAGCACAAGGUCUACGACCUACAAGAAACCUACAUGUACUGUUCUUCCGGUUGCCUUAUCAACAGUCGGGCAUUUGCGGGGAGCCUUCAACCAGAGAGAUGCUCAGUCUUGAACCCGGCAAAGAUUAAUGAGGUUUUGAGUUUGUUUGGUGAUGCUAGUUUCAAUGAAUUAGUUUAUGGAAAGAAGGGCGAUUUAGGUCUCUCUGAUUUGAAGAUUCAAGAGAUAGAGGACACGAAGGCCGUUGGGGAGUUGUCAAUGGAGAAUUGGGUUGGUCCAUCAAAUGCGAUAGAAGGCUAUGUCCCCAAGGAUCAUAGCUUAAAUUUCAAGUAUUCUCGUCUUAAACAACAUGAUGAAGGGUCUAAAACUGGACUUCCCGAACCGCAGAAGGGUACAGAAGUGCUGAAUGAGAUGGACUUCUCCAGUGUUGUAAUCAUUGGAGAUCCAUUUAACAAUACCAAAACCUCUUGUUCUCCUUUAAAUGAUGGUUUUGAAGCUAGGUUUGAAGAGUCAAGAGAAGGGGAGGUGAGUAGUAAAGUUAUGGGGGAUGAAUCUAGCUCUCUAAAGAUAUCCCCUUGCCCCUUCCAGAAGUUGAACGGUUCUCUACCUAAAUUGAAAGAAACAAAAGAGGAAGUUAGUGGUACAACCCUGGCAGUUAUGUCAAAAAACCUGACUUCCUCUUCUGGUCCCAGCCAAAGUGCUUAUGGCAUCAUUCCUAGAGAAUCCAAAAGGGAAAUUGGUGUUGGAGAAACAACUCAACCGAUUGAAAACACAUUAAAAUCCUCUUUAAAGUGUUCAGGUGCUAAGAAAUCUGCCCGCAGCGUUUCCUGGGCUGAUGAGAGAAAAAUCAGCAAUGAAUACAAUGGAAAUAUUGGCAGUGUUAGACAGAUGGGGGAAGUGCCGGAGCAUGCUGAGGGCUCAUCCAGAUUGAAUGUAGAAGCUGAUGAUAGUUCUGUAUGGCUUGCAUCUGCGGAAGCUUGUGCAUCCGCAUUAAGCCAGGCAGCAGAAGCUGUUGCUUCUUGUGAAUCUGAUGUGUCCAAUGCUGUAAUGGAAGCUGGGAUUACAAUAUUGUCCCAUGCACAAGAUGACGAUGAAGAAAAUUAUGAGGAGAAUGUGCACGAACUAGAGCUGAUUAGGUUGGCACAAAAGCCUGGGUUUGCAGAUUUUGAAUCACAUGACACAAUGUAUCGUGACUCCUGGUAUGACACUGUGCCAGAGGGCUUCAAUCUGGGUUUAUCAUCAUUUGCAACCAUGUUCAUGGCACUAUUCGGCUGGAUUACAUCCUCCUCUCUGGCAUAUAUAUAUGGACGGGAUGAAAGCUCCUGUGAAGAGUUUUCAGUGGUUAAUGGAAGGGAGUACCCUUGCAAGAGAGUCUUGAGUGAUGGUCGGUCUUCUGAAAUCAAGCAAACUUUAGCUAGUUGUCUUGCUCAGACAUUGCCAAGCUUAGUUAUGGAUCUGAGGCUGCCAACUCCAGUAUCUGCUUUGGAACAAGGCUUGGGGCACUUACUGGAUACAAUGUCAUUUCUGGAUGCACUACCACCUUUCAGAACAAAACAGUGGAAUGUGAUUAUUCUAGUGUUUAUUGAUGCUCUUUCAGUGUCUAGAUUUCCUGCACUUACCCCAUACAUGACUAGUAGGAGGAUGCUGCUCCACAAGGUGCUAGAUGGUGCAGGAGUUAGUGUUCAAGAGUAUGAGACCAUGAAGGAUAUUGUUAUGCCACUUGGACGGUUACCUCAGUUCUCUACUCAAAGCGGAGCUUAACCGAGAACAGAAAGUAAAAUUUGUUUGGUUAGUCAUAAGUGGGGGUAAUUAGUGAUGUUUUUACUUGGGUAAAGGAAGGAAGAAAACUUUCAUUGCAGUCAUGUGAGUUACCGUCAGGAUGUGAACCAUCUACACUUGCAUAUACCCACAUCUAAUAUCGAGUAUGAAUUAUAUGAGAACUGAAAAUUGGCUACAACCUUGAGUGAACUUGAUUAUCCCUGCUAACCGUGUCUGGGUGCAACCUUGUCACUCUAUCUGAUAGCAAGUAUAAAGGGUAAGGAAGGGAAGUGAAAUCAGUUUUGAUAGGAAAAAGGUAACUUUUGUAAUUAUGACUAUGAUUUAAUCUAAAAUUCUUUCCAUAUUUGGUAA